AAGACUGUGUGUGGCAUUCAUGUGGAUCUGAUCUAUGCAAUGGUCUUGUCACAGGAACAGUCACACAAGAUACUAAGAGGAGCUGGAAUGAGAUCAACAACUAUCUACAUUUAAACAGAUGUUAAAUUUCAGUUUAUGCUAUUCAAUUUAUUAUUAUUAAUGUCUAUUAAAAAAUUAAAGUACCUAAUAUAAAGUAUGCAGUGUCAGGCGUAGAAAGAAAUAUGCACCAAAAACAUCAAAGUUGCUGUGAAGUUUUGACCAUAAUGAAUUGCAGAGUCAUAUUUCCAGUCCUUGUUGAGUAGUCUCUUGCCAUCUCCACUGCUUACUUUCUGGGGCAGAUGAAGUCCGGCUUAUAGUUGCUAAUUAGUCAGGAGUUUUAGAAACCUCAACCAAGGAACAAGGCUUCAACAGCAAGAAAGGUUACUUCUGUAUGUUUGUUUGAUCAUAGGUAGAUCUUCACAUAUUGGCAAUGGGCAUAGGUGCUUCCAUCCUUCCCAGUUUUAUUGUAUUCUAGUCCUACACAUUGUUGAAGAUAGCUGGAUGUCAGAGUUUCAAGCCAACACUCCUUAUAAUUCAUUCUUAAAAAAUCAAUUGUUCAGGUAAUAUGUAACAUGUAACAUUUGUUUCUUGGCAGUGAAUAUAUUUUAUAUUAGAUCUUCCUUUGACAUACUGAAAGUGGAUGACAUGGAUAAAAUUAACCAGACAUUUGUGCUAGAAUUUCUUCUUCUGGGUCUUUCUGGAUACCCAAAGAUUGAGAUAGUUGACUUUGUUCUAAUUCUAAUUAUGUAUCUAGUGAUUCUAAUUGGCAACGGUGUUCUGAUAAUAGCAAGCAUCUUUGAUUCCCAUCUUCACACCCCAAUGUACUUCUUCCUGGGAAACCUCUCUUUUCUGGAUGAGCUUAAUCUCAAAAAAAGGAACAUUUCCUUCUCUGGAUGUGCAGUGCAAAUGUUCUUAGGAUUUGCAAUGGUGUCAACAGAAUUGCUUCUUGGCAUGAUGGCUUUUGACUGCUACGUGGCCGUCUGUAACCCUCUGAGAUACCCCGUCAUCAUGAGCAAGGUGGUGUAUGUACUGAUGGCUUCUGUGUCAUGGCUGUCCGGUGGAAUCGACUCAGUUGUGCAAACAUCUCUUGCCAUGUGAUUGCCUUUCUGUGAGAAUAAUGUUAUCAAUCAUUUCCCAUGUGAAAUAUUAGCUGUUCUCAAGCUUGCUUGUGCUGAUAUAUCCCUCAGUAUUAUCACCAUGACAAUAUCAGAUAUGGCAUUUCUAAUUCUUCCAUUGCUGAUCAUUUUUUUCUCCUACAUGUUCAGCCUCUACACCAUCUUGAGAAUGAACUCAGCCACAGGAAGAUGCAAGGCUUUUUCCACCUGUUCAGCAUAUCUGACUGUGGAACCAUGUGAAAUAGGUAUUCAUCUGCUUUUGCAAAUGAAGAAUCUGAGCCUGAAGGAAGAUUAGCAACUUACUCAGGAUUUUACAGAGCUUAAAAAGACACAGACAUGAAACUACCCAAGAAUAAUUUUAGAAGAAUAUGACAGAAAUUAACAAAUGCAAAAGAGAAAAAUUCACACUGAGUGUGAAGUAUUGUCACAGGCUGGGUUUCUCCAGAAGGUGACUGUAAGACUGAGUUUAGUUUGCUGAAUGCUUAUCAAGGAGCUUUCCUGGGGACAAUCCCUGUAGAAGGGACGAAAAGGAAAUAGGAUUGAGCAGAGAGGAAGGUCAAGCUAAGAAUUAGGACCAGUGACAACCUUCACCUACUCCAAAAGUUUCUCCGGAGCUCGAAUACCGCUUAAGAGUUGUCCUGAGUUUGGCCAAGAUGGCCAGGCCUCCAUACAAUUUUAUCAGUCAUUCACUGGAUGUGAUUCCCAAACCUUGAGCAAGGUCACUCCCUGCAGCUGAGGUCAACCCUGAAAGAGCGGACAGCUGAAGCCUGUCAGCCAGCAGCACUUCCAACAAUUGGGGCCAUAGUCCUGCACUGAAGGGAGAUCCGGGGGACAUAUCAUAGUGUCCGCCAAAUCCACCCUUUGUGCAAAUAGCAUCCAAUUUCUCGAUAAACAAUCUGCAAGCAACUUCCAUAGGAUUCUAGCAGACCUCUCUUCUUAAAUGAACUUUAUAGCGGAGGAAAGUUAGUGGGACAAACUACAGCCCCUGCAGCGGAUCUCAGAGCCACAGCUGGUACUCAUUGUCUCCCUCACAGCAGACCAGCACUCUCCAUUCUAGAGGCACCAUCGGUAGCAAUAUUAGCUCACUCAGCAGUGGUAAGUAAAAAUCCAUAUUCUUGGGCACAAGCACGUACCCCUUUGCACUGUGUGCCUCUUGUGGUCAGGUCCUGUGAACCAGAAGAGUCAGGGAUGCGGGGCUGCCGAGACCGAGGGCACCCAGGUGUUUCUCAUCCCAGGACUCCCAUGCCGACCCUCAGCCCCCACUCUAUCCCCGAGAUACUGCAAGACUGGGCUUCCUCUAGGAAGAGUGGUCGUGGCGGCAGCACCUCGGGCCCGAUUCUGCCCUUCUCUGAGCCUCCCUGACACCUAGCGCGUCCCAGCGCGUCCUCUCCCUGCCCCUCCAGCAGGGCGCCUACUUACUCCCCGCUAAGCUACAAAGCGCACCCUGAGGGCUCCUGUUUGCCUUCCUGGGAAGCGCCACACUCCACCGCAUUGCCGCCACCAGGCCCUGGGCCCGGCCCUCAGGUGCCACUCGGGUUAUUCAUAAGAGGGGAAAGUUUGCUGACGCGGAGGCUUGGGAGAAGGAGCCUGCUGCCCCAUCGCGGGGUGCCGGCGGUAGGGCUGAGUCAAAAGGAAGAGCGGUGCUCAGACGCCAUUCUGGGGAAGGCUCGAGGAGCAGGCAGUGACGGUUUCCUGGGACGAACUCAAGACCCCUCGCAGCUGCUGGGAGGAGAAGCAGCCCCGAGGAUGCUCUAAGCCCGUGCUGUUGGAUUGCUGCGGUGGCAUUUGACCCUGCUAGAGGUCCUUUGCAGGAGGAAGAUAAAUCACAGCAUUCAGCUAAAAAACCCAUAACAAAAACCCAUGACAAAAUCGUGUUUAUGAAGAUUUCCUCAUGCCUAGAGGUUGAAGAUUGCAUCGCAGGGAUAAACGAUAUACAGUUCUACACAGCAGAUAAAUUAACAGAGGCCAUCAUUUGACCAGCAAGAGUUGCUUCUGCUCCAUCUUCAUUACUGGACAGGCCAGCGGAAACAGCAUUGAAGUGCUGCUGUGCAGCAGCCAAAGCUUCAGCAU